AUGAAUAGCCGGCUGCAGGAGAUUCGAGAGCGGCAGAAGCUGCGGCGGCAGCUCUUGGCGCAGCAGUUGGGAGCGGAAAACGCAGACAGCAUUGGGGCCGUGCUGAACAGUAAAGAUGACCAGCGGGAGAUUGCCGAGACGAGAGAGAUGUGUAGGGCUGCUUAUGAUACUUCUGCACCAAAUGCAAAACGCAAAUACCCAGAUGAGGGAGAAGCUGAUGAGGAAGAGAUUGAAGAAUAUAAGGAUGACGUAGAGCUGCAGCAAGAUGAAGAGAACCUGCCCUAUGAAGAAGAGAUUUACAAAGACUCCAGUACCUUUCUAAAGGGUACUCAGAGCUUAAAUCCACACAACGAUUACUGCCAACACUUUGUGGACACAGGACACAGACCCCAGAACUUCAUCAGAGAUGUUGGCUUAGCAGAUAGGUUUGAAGAAUAUCCAAAACUUAGAGAGCUCAUCAGAUUGAAGGAUGAGCUGAUAUCUAAAUCUAACACUCCUCCCAUGUACUUGCAGGCAGACUUGGAAGCUUUUGAUAUAAGGGAACUGAAGUCCAAGUUUGAUGUGAUUCUCCUGGAACCACCACUGGAAGAGUACUACCGAGAGACUGGCAUUACUGCCAAUGAAAAGUGCUGGACCUGGGAUGAUAUCAUGAAAUUGGAAAUUGAAGAGAUUGCAGCCUCAAGGUCAUUUGUGUUCCUAUGGUGUGGCUCAGGCGAGGGUCUGGAUCUUGGCCGAGUGUGUCUGCGCAAAUGGGGUUACAGAAGAUGUGAGGACAUCUGUUGGAUUAAAACCAAUAAGAACAAUCCUGGAAAGACCAAGACUCUAGACCCUAAGGCUGUUUUCCAAAGAACCAAGGAGCACUGCCUCAUGGGCAUUAAGGGAACUGUGCGUCGCAGCACAGAUGGAGACUUUAUCCAUGCCAAUGUUGAUAUUGACCUGAUCAUCACAGAGGAGCCUGAGAUUGGCAACAUAGAAAAACCUGUGGAGAUUUUUCACAUCAUUGAGCACUUCUGCCUUGGACGGCGACGUCUUCAUCUCUUUGGAAGGGACAGUACAAUUCGACCAGGUUGGCUGACUGUGGGACCCACCCUCACCAACAGCAACUUCAACGCAGAAACAUACUCUUCAUACUUCACAGCUCCUAACUCCCACCUGACAGGCUGCACUGAGGAAAUUGAGAGACUUCGGCCCAAGUCACCACCACCCAAGUCCAAGUCUGACCGGGGUGGUGGUGCUCCCAGGGGAGGAGGACGAGGAGGGACGUCAGCAGGGCGAGGAGAAAGGGGCAGAGAGAGGAACAGAACUAACUUCCGGGGUGAGAGGGGUGGCUUCAGAGGGGGACGUGGAGGUACCCAUAGAGGAGGCUUCCCCACCCGCUGAUGACUGAUACAUAAUUCUUCUUC